GCGGUGUCACGUGUUUUUUUUACAGGAAGCUGCGAUUGUGUUUACCUCUGUGUCAUCCAAACACUGCGACACCGAGCAUCCUUUAUCUAUGGUGGAGCUCCACACGAUUUCGCAAUGUGAAUUCAGUCACUGCUCGAUAUUUGUGCCGAUAAUGUCCUCCCGUAUGACCGUCUGAGCAUCACCAUGGCAUCUUCAAGUUACCCUUGCAUCCACGACAGCGCCACAGAGAAGGACAAGCUUCUCUCCUCUGUGGCCAGCUAUGGAUCCCGGGACCUUGUCGGGAGUGGGGGCCCCCGUCCCACUGAUCUGGUGGGCUCUGAGCACGGCCAACAGCAGGACGAAGAAGAGGAGGAGGCCCUGAGGAGGAAACUCAAGUACUUCUUCAUGAGCCCUUGUGACAAGUAUCACGCCAAGGGGCGCAAGCCUUUCAAGCUGGGUCUGCAGCUGCUCAAAAUCAUCAUUGUUACAGUGCAGUUGGUGCUGUUUGGACUGAGCAACCAGAUGGUGGUGACAUUUAAAGAGGAAAACACAGCAGCGUUCAAACACCUUUUCCUGAAGGGUUAUCAGGACAAUAUUCCUCAGGCCGUCCACACACAGAAGGAGCUUUACAACCACAUCAACUUCGCCAUAGAGCAGUACAUGGCUCUGCCUCAGAUCUCACUGGGACAGUAUGCAUACGUGUUGGGCGUCGGUGUGAACGGCAGCGCUCUCUCCCUUUGCCAGAGGUACUACAGGAAAGGCACCAUCGACCCCAUCAACGACACGUUUGACAUUGAUCCCCAUGUUGACACCGAUUGCAUCGGACUGAAUCCACCGACUCUCGAGUCUGCUUCAGGAAACAGUGACUACAAGAAUUUCCCUCUCAAAUUUUACAAGCUGGUCAAUGUAACAGUUGAUUUCCAGCUGAAGGCUAUCAACAUUCAGACCGUUAUAAACAAUGAAAUCCCUGACUGCUACACCUUUGCUAUCACGAUUGUCAUGGAUAACAAGGCGCACAGUGGAAAAAUUAAGAUCACUCUACAGAACCAGGCCUCCAUAAAGGAGUGUAAAGACCCCAACGUGUCUGGACAUGCCGAGAGCUACGCUCGGGAGUUCUUUGAUGUGGUGGUGGCAGUCGUUUGUCUGCUGUCCUUGCUUCUGUGUGGGCGCUCCAUCCUCAGAGGUAUCCUGCUGCAACAUGAGUAUGUGCAGUUUUUCAAAAACAGACUUGACCGCAGUGUCAGCUGGGGAGACAGAAUGGAGUUCAUUAAUGGCUGGUAUAUUCUGCUCAUUGUCAGUGACAUGUUCACCAUCAUCGGCAGCUUCAUCAAAAUUGGGAUAGAAUCCAAGAAUUUGUCAUCAUAUGACGUGUGCGGGAUCCUGCUGGGAACCUCCACUCUGCUGGUGUGGGUGGGAGUCAUCCGCUACCUUAGCUUCUUUCAGAAAUACAAUAUCCUGAUUGUGACACUAAGAGCUGCUUUUCCUAAUGUCAUCCGCUUCUGCUGCUGUGCGGCAGCCAUUUAUUUGGGAUAUUGCUUCUGUGGAUGGAUUGUGCUGGGGCCCUAUCAUGCCAAGUUUCGUUCCCUGUCCACGGUUUCCGAGUGCCUGUUUUCUCUGAUCAAUGGAGAUGACAUGUUUGUAACAUUUGCUGAGAUGGAGCAUAGCGGCGCACUCGUGUGGAUCUUCAGCCAGGUCUACCUUUACACCUUCAUCUCCCUCUUCAUCUACAUGGUGCUGUCCCUCUUCAUCGCACUCAUCACCGGAGCCUACGACACCAUUAUGGCUCAAACACAGGAGCAGGUCCGCGUCACAGACCUGAGCACGUUCAUCGCAGAAUGCAAGGACACACCCAGCUCGGGCAAAUUCCGUGGUCCUGAAGGGUCGUCAUGCUCCUUCCUUUGCUGCUGUGACUGAUACCCAGCACAGCAGGGACGAUGAUGCCUUGAGAGUGAACUGACUGACCUUGGACCACUUUGUCCUCUGUUACCCAUUUUUGAAUUUUGCAUUUCAAUCUGUGCUGGAACAGUAGAACGCACUGCACAUUCACUACACCAAUUACCUGCUUUCGGCUUUUGUACUGUAUGAAUAAUUUAUUGUCUUCUUCUGAAAUGUGCGUUUAUGAGGUUUUUGAUGACUGGACGCAUAAUACCGGUAAACACAUUCAUUGCUGUAGACUGGACACAGGGUCCACCAACUGUUAAGUACAAUGAAUGCAAAUGUUCACUUGAAUGCUUCACUGUGUUACAGGUUUUUAUCAUCAUUUUACUGUCCAUAUGGCUACCUAGGUGACAGGAGUUUUGUGCCUCUUCAUUAUGUAAAUAUAUGUAUGUCCACUGAAUCUUCAUAGCAGAGGUAAAACAGGCACAAGAGUCAGCCAGGCAAGCUGAAAAAAGAACGACCAUUAACUGCCGUAUGUAUGCAUUAGCUCCUUCAACAUUCUCAGUCAAGGCGGCUCCACCAUUCCCCUUUCGCUCCUCGUCCCUUUGUUCACGUCCUCCUUUGGCUGGAAGGAGAUGACGGCUGCAAGAGGAAGGAUGAGCCCUGCAGCCAACCAGUUAGUCAUCAAUAUGUAUGAACUGUUUCUGCUGUAAGGAGCCAGGUGACUGUGCACGCUAAUGCACUGCGAGACAGAGUCUUUUUUUUUAAUGUUUGGUUUGAAGUGCUCCGUGCAAGGCAGCAAAUAUUCCUGCUGACAAACAAGUGAUGUUCAAAGGAGGGUGUGUCAAAAUAGACAGUUUUAUCUAGACUAUGAAGCCAGAGUUGUGUGUUUAUUUUAUAUGAAGUGUCAGACUCUGUCAGUAUACUGACAUUGAAGCCAUGUGUGAAAAGGUAAUAGCUCAUUUAUUUUAUCUGUGAAUGAGCUACGACAUCUCUACAAACCAGCAGUUCUUCGUUUACCAUUUUAAAGGGAAUGACUGGGUAGAAUGUCACACAUAUUAGAGAAACUUGAGAAAUGGUAAUGUCAUUCUGCAUGAAGGCGCAUGAAGGGCACUGUUCAAUGGACAAAAUUUGUCUCAGGAUUGAUGGUAACAAAGGGAUUUUAGAGGCUGGACAGAUAUUUGCCACUUUCACUUUUUUAAAAUUUUUUAUUGCUCACUGACAUGUUUAUUUUAAUGCAUUAAUAUUGUUUUAAAUCAAAACUGUGGGAACAUAUGUUUUCUCUUCAUGAAUGUUUACUUACACUUAUUUGCACUUAAUCAAGAAUGAUUUACAGUGUCACUUGAUUUAAAUGUCUCUCAUGGGAACCAUAUAGCACAAUAGAACAAAGCACUGUUUACAAUGCAUCUGUUACUGUUCUCCUGACACUCAUGGGAAGAUUAUUUAUUGCCACUUGGAUUUAAUUUUAACAGUGUUAUUGUUCACUACGGUUGUUUACUUAUAUUUUGUAUGCUGUUUUAAUUAUUUGACCUCUUUUUGAGUAGAAGCAAGGGAGAGCUAAAAGGGAGUUUGUCAGUUACUGUAUAGAAGGAAGUUGUACAGGUUUUUACUCUGAUUUGUAUUGAAUCUUUUCUGUGAAGCUGCUGCCUUGUACACGUCAGCAAAAUAAAUUGGAUUGAUGACAAAG